AUGGUAAAAGAAGCUUUCUUAGCUGCUGUUCCAAAUAAGAAAAUUGUUUUUGUAGCUGCUGAUGAAAAAUUACCAUCAUACUGGCAAUAUUCAUUCGCUGAUGGAAACUGUGUCGUCUCAUUCCGUCCAAAAAUCUGCAACACUAAUGAUGUAUUUACUGCUAAAUUAGAAACUCUUCUUCCAUCACAAGGCACCUACUCUUUAAUGACUCGUUUGAAUAUUAAAGAAAACCAAGCUAAAAUGGAUGCCAAUUUAGCAGCUGUUAAAAAAGCUAUGAAAUCAGAUGCUGAUUGGACCAUUGAUCAAUCAUCAUUAGAAGCCGUUUAUCCACAUGUUGCUGAUGAUUUAAAAAAUAGUUUUGGUCAUAUUUUUGCAGGUGUUGUCGAAAAAGUUGCAGCCAAUCUCGCUAAACGUUGUGCUGAUGAAAUGGUAUUAGAAGCUGUACAAGAAGCCACCUCAAAUCGUACUAUUGUUAUUAAGCACAAUGCUACUCAAAAUGGAUAUUGGUUAUGGUCAUUUGAAUCCGGUAAUUUAGUUAUUUCAUUCAAAUCAAUUACCAAUACCAAUGAUGUUCAAACUUUCGAUUUCAUUAAAUUAUUAUAA